GAGGAGAAUAAAUAGGUAUGCCUUUCCACUUCUUUUUUUAAAAAUCUAAAAUCGUUGCAUUCUUUAAGCACACUUGAAAUCCAUUUUUUGGAAACAAACAAAUAACAGAAUUAGUUUCAGCAUUUAACAUUCAAGCAAAUACUUAGGUGCAGGGAUAUUUGUAAAUUCAUGUUUAGUGCUGAUAUUCCAAAACUUCCAACCAUUUAAAACCAUAUUAAUAUUAUCAACUGUUAAAUGUGAACGAUCAGUGCCAUGAAAACAGUGGGUGGUUUAAUGGUUGGUUCUCUAGUAUAUAGCCAUAAUCCUGAGGGAAUGGUUAAGACGGCAAAUUUUCUACAGAAACAAAAAUACUUAUCUGUUCACCAAAAGUUUACAGUGAACACAAUUAGGACACUAGUCGUAAUCAAUCUUAACCUAGAAUUUAGUGCUUACAGAAAUUGAAAUUAAACCAAAUAAUAGUAUGAGCAAUAAUUAUUUCCCUCUGAAACUGGUCUGGGAAACUACCCAAAUGUGUAUCAAGAUCAUUUCUGCAAGUAUGUUUAACACCUAACAAGUUCUUUGCUGUCUUAAAGCUAUAGGGUCUUAGAUAUGAAAAUAAAACAAAACACCUGAGAAUUAUACUUUUGUGAUUCUAAUUAAAAAGACCAUUAUAAAUCACCCCAGGAAAAUGUAAGGACACUGCAAAUAAUGUAAAAACCCCUUUUUUGUUUCAGGCCAUUUCAAAUCCAAAUGAGAGAACAAAAAUGGGCAUAAGACUCACGUCACGUAUGAAGAUAAAAUAUAUUACAGUAACUGUUUUACUAAUUAUAACUUUGCAGUAUUUUGGAGUGUUUACCCAUGUAUUUGAAUUAGAUUUCUACAGACACUUCCAUUACCCACUGGAAGGUGACAUCCAAAAGUAUGUCCUACAGCUUCGAAACGUGGAAGUGCCAGAUGUAGCUCCCAUCAACAUGUACAACUAUACCUUCAUAUCAAGUUGUAAUAAGAAGUGCAUGGAGAACGAUUAUUCAGGAAAACUAAGGCUAGUGUAUAUUGUAAAAUCUGCAGUAAACCAUUUUGAUAGAAGGCUAGCAAUAAGAAGUUCUUGGGGGUUUGAAAAAAGAUUUUCAGAUGUUCCCAUACGAACUGUGUUUCUUCUUGGUGUAAACCCAAAGAAUGUAGAUUUGCAGAUAGGUAUAGAAAAGGAGCAACAAAAAUAUGGCGAUAUUGUUCAGGCUGAUUUUAUAGAUUCAUAUUUCAACAAUACAAUAAAGACUAUGAUGGGCUUCAAAUGGGCUGUAACUGUAUGCCCAAAUUCCAAGUUUUACAUGUUUAGUGAUGAUGAUAUGUAUAUAUCAACUAAAAAUGUCCUCCGCUUCAUUAGAAACCCAACACAAUACCCAGAAUAUUUGGAAACACCAGUUCUAUCACUUAAACAUCUCAGAAGGGUACAGAGAUCACUUUCAGACAGGCAAAUUAAUGGUCAAAGUAUCUCACAGGGAAUACAUCCUGUGAGAAGAGAAAAGAGACAAACUAAGCUUGAAAACUUUGAACUCACAUCAGUUCAAAGAGGUGGUCAGAAGCUACAGCAUUUCCUAGACUUUGAAUUACCAGAUGAUGCACGACUUUUCUCUGGGUAUGUUUUUAUGUCAGCACCACACCGGCACAGAAGCAGCAGAUGGUAUAUUACUUUGGCAGAGUAUCCAUACCACAUGUGGCCACCUUAUGUUACAGCUGGUGCAUAUGUCCUGUCCCGAGAAGCUUUGUUUGACAUGUACUAUGCAAGUUUAUAUACAAAACAUUUUCGCUUUGAUGACAUCUACCUUGGCAUAGUUGCUAAGAAAGUUGACAUUGAGCCAUACCAUUGUACUCAGUUUCAUUACUAUAAAAAGGAAUACAAUGUCUUCAGUUAUCGGCACGUAGUGGCAUCGCAUGGUUACGAUGAUCCAAGUGAAUUGCUUAAAGUAUGGAAUGAACAGAAGAGUGCUGGAAAUGCCUAAACAAAUUUUUGUGAUGCUUGAUGUUUUCCAUUUUGGUAGGUACGUAACCAUACUCCAUUCUAUGUCAUUUACAUGUUAGUCAUUGAACACACACACUAUACUUAAGCAAAGUCAGAUUCCUUCACAAAAAUUGUCCAUAAAGUAACAAUACCACUUUAAACACUGAAAUAUAUGUGUAUAUAAAACACAUUAGUGUGUAUAUCAGACUUGGAGGAUAGGCAAAUACCUAAAUUGAUUUACUCUUUCAGAAACUGUUGCCAUAUCCUUUCUUGUCCAUAGAAGUUUUUUUUAAAGAAAGAAAGGAAGAGCAACAAUUUUCCAAGUAAAUAAUGCUGAAGUCAGCAAAGGCAGUAUUGCCUGAUUUUAUGAAAUUAGAGUCUGAUUAAUGCUAAAAUUUACUUUGCAAUGUCCAAACAUGUAUGAAUUCAAUCUAUAACCACUUUGUAUAUUAACAGAAGGCAUAAUGUUUAUUUCAAAGUUGUCUUUUUAAAUUGUGAAUGUUUUAUCCUCUCUGUGAGAGUAAACAGAAAGUGCAGCAUAAA